GGGCUCAGUGCUCGAGGGCGCGCGCCGCCCUCCCGCCAGGGCGCCCGGCCUCCCCGCCGUUGCCGUGGCGGCGGACCCCUCGGGCCCAGGAGCCCGCGGGCCGCAUGCUGAGCGCUGCCGACCUCGGCAGCAUCCUCGACGACGAUUGCGGCGACGCGGGCUACAACGACGAGGUCAGCCUGGAGCCCGAGGCGAAGGAGAAGCCGAAGGCGGCCGGCAGCGACCUCGCGAAGUUGGGCGGCGGCGGUCCAGCGGCGCCCUUCGAGAGGCGGGCCGUGCUGGGCGCGGCACCCCCGCCGGCCGCGGGAGCGGACCGGAAGAUGGCCGAGCUGGAGGUGGCCAUUUCGACUACACGUAGGAGUGGACGCGCACGAGUUCGAGGCGUACCUGCAGGCGAACAAGAAGCCAGAGCGCGAGGAGGUGACGCAGAAAGGGAUUGGCCACGAGGAUAUGCCUGAUAUGCCGACCCCGGGUGUCACGCAGGCUCCCGCGUAUAUGCCGCCUGGGGCGUACCCAGGCGACCGGACAAAGCUGGCCAAGGACUACGCGGAGAGGACCAAGUACAGGGAGGAUGCUGGAGUGAGCAGACCUCUGCCACCAGCCGGCUCCAAGCCUGGAGCCGACGGUGUAGUGAAGAAGUUUGUGAGGCAGGUCGACGACAUCCGCGCCCCCGCCAGGCCUUCCGAGGGGCAGAGCAUCACGUUUCGCACCGUCGAGGGAGGCGGAGAGCAGCGGGAGGAUAUGGCGUCUCCGGAGCUCCCAUGGGCGCUCGAAGCCGUGGUGCGCAACAUGAAGGUCGGGGACGUCAUGGAGGUCGUCGCCCGUGGGGAGCACGCCUUCGCCGACUGCGAGACGGUGGACCCUGACGGGGAGCGCCGAUGGCCCCACUUCGAACUUCUUGCCAUCAGCGGGGUCGGGAAGACCAAGUUCUCGAUGAAGACGGAUGAGAGGAUAGCCCUGGCAAACGCGUUUCGACUCCGUGGUAACGACAUGUUCAAGGCUGGGCGCCACCUGCGCGCGAUGGACUACUACGAGAGGGGUUCUUCACUGAUGGACGUCCUCGAGGCUGAGUCCAUGGGGAUGCCGAACGGCUGGAAAGACAAGGAUGCCGAGAAGGCGAAUAAACAGAUUUGGGCGUGCCAGAAGCUAUUGCUUCUCAACUGGGCGCUCAUCCUCAUGAAAUACGAUAGGUGGGAGGAUGCAGAGAGAAAGCUGACCGAGGUCCUCAUGGACGUCGACAAGCUCAAUGUCAAAGCUUUGUUUCGCCGUGGAAUAUGCAACUACCACCUGGGCAGACAGGAGCAGGCGCGUACCGACCUCGACCGCGCGGCCGAGAUGAACACCAGGCUGCGGGGGGUGGUCGACUGGUGGCUGGUGAAGGUGGAGGCACUGCAGCGCAAGGUAGACAGGCAACACGCUCCUCUCGCCAAGAAGGUUGUGAAGGACCUUGAAGGCGCCAAGGACUCCCGAUCGGUGAACCCGCCGACAGAGCAGACGCCGACGCCGACGCCGCACGACCGGAUGAUGAUGGAGCUCAUGGGGCAGGAGGCCGAGAACGACGAGUCGGAGGACCUCGAACUGUUCUGCGCACAGCGCUCGGCCAUCUACAACAAGUUCAUGGCCAGGCCGAGCGCGGCCGAGGAGUGAGCGGAGGUGCACGCAGGAGGCCACGUGCGAGCCCUACCCCACCACCCCAGGAUUUCUGAGGGGGGAGGUGUCGCAGGCCUAGAGGUUGACACCAACACCAAGAUCGGCGGUGUGCAUCCACCGAGGGAAGACGAUCCCGAUCUCGGUGAUGGUGGUAAUAUUCUGGCUUCCAAAGUGACCGAAAUAUUACCACCAACACCGAAAUCGAGAAUCAUCUUCCCCAUGUGGAGGCAAACCCCUGUGCUGGUGUUGGUGCCGAUUUCCAGGCCUCCCAAGGUGGGAUUCCCUUCGUUCGGGAGGUCCCAAGCGAAGUGAACCCCACCUCCCCCUUUAAGAAAUCCUGGGUGGGUGGGGUAGGCUUCGCAUGCGGGCUCCUAGCACGAGCGCCGCCUCAUCGUCUCCGGCGCCGGCUGCAGAUCGGAGGUCCAGAAGCGGCCCCGGGAGCAGGCGCGGGUCGGUGCUGGACGGGGUCCCAGGAGGCUCCAGAUUGUCGUGGCGCAUGCUCUAGCCUUCAGCUCAGCUUGUCGUCUUCUGGCCUCCAUCUCGAAUGGUCGGCCAUCGGCGCGACAAGUGGCCACAUACCUCCAGCUCGGCCUUUCUAA